GAUUAUGUUGGCUGAAAUGAAUUCCAGCGGUUAUAUGUACCGCGCUUUUCAAAAUAUUGCCUUGGAGUUUUUGUACAUGUGAAACUCAACAGUGAUUAUUUCACUUUUCAAGUACUGGCUUAUUUAAAUACUAAGAGGUGUGCAUAGUUGCAGGUGAUUUCAGCCGUGUAUAACAGAAAUGUAAUAUCUGAAUGUAGUUGGAUGAGUUUAGUUACACAUGGAACCAAAUAUGUGGUCUUAUGGAAAAGCUGUGAAAAUGAAAAAGCAGCGAAGAAGUACCAAAGAGGCCUUAAUUUCACGAUAUAUCGAAAACCACUACAAUGGAGAUAUCUUCAAGAAAUUCAUGGAUAUGUCUCCAAGAUUAGUUGAAAGUGAUCUGCAGUUCCUGCGGUUUCUCACAUCAAAUGAGCCUGGAUUUAACCAGAGGUUAAAUGAUCGUAGGGACACAAUUGAUGCUAUAUUAGGUGUGAAAUCAGAAAGGAAAUCAUUUUCAAAGAUUAUCCCAGUUUUGCAAGGUUAUGCUGCAGGAGGUUCCUCUUUGUCAAGAGAAUCUGUGGCAUUGGUUACAGCAAAUAUAUGUGCAAAAGCAUUGGAAGACACUGUGUUGACUUGUAGAUCACAGUUUGGAAGGAAAUGCCCGUUGUUACUGGGACGGAGGAUGCAAAAAGAUCUUGCUGAUUUAACAGCAGUUGUAAAGAAACUACUUAAAAUGAAUAAAUUUAACAUCGACAGUUUCAGACUGAAGUAUUUUGAAAUGGACAUGAUUCCUCUGCAUGUGCUGUGGUAUUUUCAUCACACAGAUUUGGUGAUGUUUACAAGUUACAUAUAUUGCAAUGAAAAUCGAACGGAAGUGAUUGAUCAUAUAAAAUGCAGCAUGGUGAAUUUACUCUGUUCCCUGAGUGGUGUUGCUUCUUCUGAUGCCAGAGAUGUCUCCUCUGGAAUAAAUGAACAGAUGAUGGAUGUUGAAGAAAUUAUAACUGCUAGUGCUAAUCAGACAAAUUCAGUAAAUGAUAUUAUCUUGGAUGAAAUUAGGGAUAAUGAUGAAGGUGAUUUGUUACAAUUAAAGCAAGAAAUGGCUAGCGAACUUGUAUCUCUGUUACUUUCUGUGGCUCAAGUUCCAGGCCCUAACAACACUGUAGGAAUCAAGUCUUGUGCCAAGAACUGUGAUGAUAUCCUAGAAAAUAUCAUCAACAGGACAAUGAAUAGUAUUUUGGCUGCAUCACUGAAUGCCAUCACAGAAGUAAAGGAGCCUUUCAGCCAUAAGAAUUAUCUGUCACUGCUGCCGGAUGUUUCAACACUGUGUGCUGAACUCCUGCAGCCAUUCCUUACUUCACAUCUUAUUAUCACACUUACAUACAAGCCACAUGUAGAUAUAUAUACUGCAAUAUCCAAGCAAGAUAACUGGACGUACAAAAAAUCUCCUGCCAUUUUAACAUCCAUGACUGAAUCGAUGAUAGUUGGACUCCAGGCAGAGACUCUUGAUGUUCUGAAGAAUGUUCUGCAGAAAGGAGAAGUGAACUGGAGACUUUCCUUGAUGUGUAUAUCCACAUACGUGAAAUUUGUUCCAGAAGGUGGCAGACAUAUGAAGGGGCUCAUAGACUGGCUGCUUAACAAAGCAUUUUUGAAUCAUAACUUCAGUCUGCUUGCUGCCGCAUUUCUCAUAGCAAGGCAGUGCUGUGCAGAGGAGUGUGCUCCCUGGUUCACUUCGUACAUGUCUUGGUUUGGGACAACAUUUGGCUCUGGAUCAUCUUGGGCUACUCAUACUUCAGCCACUCAACAAACAUUCGAGUUUUUUAUCAGUUUCCUCACUGACAUAGUUCCACAUGAGCCACCAACAUGUCUCAGAGUUCAUAUCAAUAAGGCUCCUGCAAGUCCUCAGAGUAGCUUGUUUCUGCUGCGGGAUUAUGUAACUUUGGCAAAAACUCGACUAAAAGAUCUCAAUGAAGCACCAGGAUUUGGACUGUUGGGGCCUGGAUUUACUACAGAGCAAGACAUAGAACAUGCACUGAAACACUUCGAAACACACAAUGGAGAAGUGGCACAGAUAGUGCUGAGUGGAAGCUUAUUCCGCCGCCAACAUUUUGAGCAAGAGUUUCUUCUCAAGCUGCUCACACCUCGUGUAAUCCCAGACACUCCUGAUGUUAAAGAGAAAUUCAUAAAAAGACUUCACAGCAUGGGCAAGAUUUCUCAUUCUUUGUUUUCUAGGUACCAAGAUGCAUGCUUGGUGGAAGCCAGAAUAUUUCAGGAUGCAUUGCUUUCAAAUAGUCCUGAGACAAUCCCAAACCUUGUUGAUGCAAGAGAGAAAUUUCAAGAGAGCCUCCAAAACUUACAGGAGUCCAUUAAGGCAUUAUAUUAUCAGAGGGAGUCAGAAAAAACAUGUGACAAGGAAGAAACUUCACAUUUGUCACCUUCAAUAAAUAAUGAGUUUGUGAAUUUAAGUCAUUGUCUUCAUGAAAUGGUGGGUGGUACAGAGAAGAGAGAAUCCUUGGGAAAACAUGAACCAGUACCCAGUGCAGAUUUUGUCUCUGGUAUAUUGGACUGCAAUACAGAAGAAUGGAGUCAGAUUGUAGACCAGCUCAUGGAUGUAUUUGUGCAGUGUUAUUCAUCAGUCUCUGGCACGUUAAAUCUCAUCUGGCCGAACCAAUAUGUCAGACUCUUUCAACCAUUUCGUGUUCUGAAGAUAGUUCUGUUUCAUAAGUUAGUCAAGUGGUGUAUUGAUGAAGUUCUUCCAGUGAGUAAGCUGAAGGCGGCUGCUGCACUGCUUCAUAGCAUUGAGUUCUUGGGCAGUACAGUGUUCCCAGAUGUCAGACAUGGUGACCAGGACAUUACUUUUGCAAGUUACAUAGCAGAGUGUUUGCCCUUACAGAAUGCAUCUCAGAUGAGUAAGUGCUUCAGGUUUGCAGUAGAGUAUAUGUCUUAUGCUGAAAGUCACCUCUUGAAUUUGAAGACGUCUCCUGAGAUUCACACAUGUCCAUCCUUAAAAUCAAGCAGCAAUUGUAUGACAGAAAAUCCAUUUAGAAAGUCACCAUUACUUGCAGAAGAAUUGACUACCGUGCCAGUUGCUCUUGCCAGGAAAUACCUUUAUCUUUAUGAGAGAUAUGCCUUUGCUGAUAGAGACCAGAUGAUGGGCACAGAAAUGUACCAACCAGAUGCAACCAACCCUUGGCUUUGGGCUCCCAUCUUAGCUCAGGCUAAGAUGUCCUGUUGUGUCUGGUUUAAGCAGGAAGCAAAUGUCAACACUUAUGAAGACUUCCUGGUCUCAAGACAUGAGUAUCUACUCAACAGACUUACCAAUAGUGCUACAUUUGAUUCUUCUAACAUCAGUCAAUUGGCAUCUGAAAUUCUUCUCACUUUGCACGCUAUGGACUGCACUCAAGAUACUAAUAGAAAUACUGCUGAUUGUAAGUCAUAUCAGUCAUGGCAGAGCUUCCACAGGGAUAUGACACAAGCAUUGUCAACUUUGAUAGAAACUUACCCUCUAGUGGGAGAUGCUGGCUCUCAGCCUUGGUUGCUUAAUGAGUGGCUGACUCUAGAUGGGAAGACCCAUACUGCUGUCUGUGAUAAGAACUUCAUGAGAAUUGUGACUGUUCUCCAGCCAUGGCUUCUCUACAGCAACUCUCACUUCAGUAGUCCUGAUUUACAUACAGUAAAAUGUGUUGCUAAUCUGGUAAACACACGCUUGAAGGACACCUUGAGUGACUGCAAUGGCUUCCUAAAUCUCAGUUUGGUGCGCUACCUCCUCACUGGUCUCAGUACAACAGUUGUGUCAGGUUCCAAAAACAUGGCACAUCAUAUUUUCUCUGCAAUCUUUGAUAGCUGCCCAGCCCUCAGUCUUGCUGCCAGGGUCCACGCUUCAACUGUGCUGUGUAUCGUACAGAGAUUUGCAGCAUCCGACAUGCCAUCAGGCACCUUCAGCCAUAUACUGGCAACACUUGCCAUGAUCAAGUCAAAAUCCUUACAGGAGAUGGCACUGGGUACACAGGCAGCCAAGUACUGGGAGGUAGGUUUAGAUGUCUGGUUGCACCAGAAGCACAGUCCAUCUCUGAAGACCCCUGUAAGGAGGUGGGUGUUCUUCUACACUGUUCUGGAGCUUGGCUGUCAGCUACAGUCUGGAAUCAUAAGCUUCAAAUUUGACUCAGGAAGUAUAUCAUUCCAAUACAAUACCAAGGAUGUAGUGCAGAACAACAUAAUAACACUACUUAUUAAUGAACUCGAAAAUGAUCUAUCUGUAAUUGAUACUUUGGAUGUGAUUGUACAAGCAGAACAAUUGCCAUUCUGUGGACUGUCAGCAUUAUCACAGAACAUGAUGUGUGUAGCUGCUGUACUGUUUCUUAUGCUGUACAAUGACCUUAAGGAAACAGAUUCCAACAAAUUCCUGGCAUCAGGAUUUGAUGCUUCCCUUCUGUGUAAAGUUCUCCUCUCUUGCUGCACUGCUUGGAUUAAGGCUGGACUUCCUCACAGCAGGAUUAAAAAAACAUUGUCUGAGUCAGAAAGAAACCAGAAGAAAAUGGUUACAUCGCCCCUGGUGGAUAAAGAAUUGUUGCUGGGCAUGAAAAGAGGACUGAGCUCCAUCUUGAGAACAGUAUCUAGCAGACAAACAGUCAGAGUUCCAGAAAUCUACAUCACAAGCAUAAAACAUUCUGAAUUAGGAAACAUUUUGGGCAAUAUUUUAACUCAAAUGGGAUGGUCUGUAAGGUAAACAGGUGGAAGGCAAAGAGAAUCAAUCUUCUUUGGAAGAAACAACACAUCUGUAAGGAAUAAUCAAAAAGUACCAACAUCGGAACACAACUUGCUUUCAUAAAACUUCUUCACUGCUCUUUAAAACACUCAUCCUGAGUCCCAUAAUGCUUAUUCAAUGAUCUAAAAAGAAAGGUUGAAACAUGUAGCAAUAAGAAUUGCAAAAAUAAACAAAUGUUAAUACAAUUGUA